AUGUCGUUUGUUUCGAAAAAGGCCGGUCCUUCUGCAGUUCUCGAGCAACCAAUGAAAAUCGCCUUGUUGGCUAAAAAUGCGGGAAUGGAUGUCAAACAGCUCGCUUUAUCGCGCCGAAAAGAAAGCAAAGAUAAACUGGAAGCGCGAAGCUUGAAACUCGCCCGUCAGCUGAUUGUGAAGGGAUUCAACUGUCAAGUAUUUCUUCAACGGAAUAUCCGGGCGUUGGCAAAGAAACUUCUCAUUUUUCCAAAGGAAGAGGACAUCGAGCUGUACGUUCCCCAUCAACCGUUGGACUUCUCGUCAGAAUCCGACUUCGAUUCAAGUAUGUUGAGCAAUACUGAUCAGGACGAAUCUUGCGAAGAACCUAUGAACAUGUCGAUCACUGAUUCCAACUACGACACGAUGGCCUCUUCUUUGGAUACCAGCCAUACAAUGAGUUGUGACGAUAUGAUGGACUUGAAAGAGUCGGAAAAUACGGAAGAAACCUCUUCCGCAAUUCAAGUUGUGGAAGAAACGCAAAUUGAUAGCUCAUCAAUGUUGAAAGAAGAUGUUAUCAAGCGAAUUCGCGAAUUUCCUCGUUUUCGAGCUCAUCAUGCAAGAAAAAUUCUCGACCUGCUCCGAGUCGAUGAGAACAUUCACGAAAUAUUGUCCGACACAGAAUCUGUUGCUGAGUCGACCUCAUCCAAUUACAGCGAUGAAAUAAUUGAAGAGGAAAAGGCGGAAAGUGUGACGAAUAGCAAAGAAAAGUUUUCGCUUUUGAAGCUCAUGAGUGAGAAUAACCUAAGUUCGAUUCAGGCGCAAAAAGUGGCGGAGGAAUUUGUCGUUGCAGAGAAGGCGCGAGGACUCAGCUCCAGAAAUCUUAGGCGGCUUGCCACCUGCACUGAGGAAAUGAACAAGGAACAGCUAGUUCGAGUUUUGCGAGACUGCGAUGACUUUGUUUUGGGAGCGGAUGGAUCAAAAAUUGCUUCGACAAAGUUCCAAUCAUUCACGAUCAGAUCCGGAACAGAAUGCUAUAUUUUUCAACUGGUCGCCAUUCCUGAUGAAAAGUCUGAAACCGUCCGCGAAGCCUUUCAGUCUUAUCUCUCAAGUUUUCCAGACGAAACUCAGCAGCAUUUCGCUUCAAAGUGCAUGGCGACAGCGAGCGAUUCUGCGGCGAACGCACUUAAAAGCUGCAAGCUUAUCAUGGAAACCUUGGAUAAAAUCACGCCAAGAGAAAGGCUUCAUCUGAAAUGCUCGAUGCAUAAGGUCUGUCACAUGGAGAAGUGUAUCCGAGCUUGCAUCCAGAACGUUUUUGAUGAUAUCUUGCAGUUUUGUGAAGCAUAUUUGACGUGUUCCAGGAGCCAUGGACUUCAUGGUUCCCAAGGCAGCAAGCUCAAAAUUUAUCUUGAAGCCCUUCGAUCUCGUGAUGGUCUACAGAAAGUGACAAAGCCGCUUGAAAUGCAAAGUCAUGUUCGUUUUGGUAAUCUUACCAGAAAUCUCCAGCGAAUCGCAACAAACUACAGCGAUAUUGUCGAUUUCAUCCGGUUCGAGCUCGCUCUCACUGACGAUGCGAAGGUUAUGGAAGACAAUAAAGCGCAGACGAUCAUUGAAUUCGCCAGCUCGGCGAUGGUUUAUUCCGUCAUCGUGAGUCCUUACUGGUCAAAAGUGUCCGGCCUGAUGAACUCAGAACAAUAUCUGUCUCUUGAGGAGCAUUUCAAGCAAGUUCUUAAAGAUGUUCUCUCAUCUUCUUCUCCUGCUUUAUUCCUUUUGAAAAGGGCGAAAGAAAUCGACAGUUCCUCUUGGGAACUUGGAUUCGAAGAUGUUGUAUUGGAAAUCUCUGGAGAUACAUCGAACUCCAAGUUCCUCGACGAGUGCAUCAAAAUGCGUCUUCACGCUGUUGAGAAACGGUUCGGCGAUUUCGUGAAUGAAUGCAGCUUUCCAUUCGCAAAAGAAAUAUCAUUCACAAAUCAGGACUGCGAGAGAAGCUUCGGAUCAGCUAAAGACUCAUUCUCCUCGAAGUAUAAUAUGGACACGUUCAAGUUCCAACAAGCAGUGAUGAGUCGCUUCAAUAUGACCUUCUCUUUUUGGCGACGACAGACUGACUUCGAGCAGAAACUCGGCCAGUUCAUGGCCAAUGCCUCUUCCAAAGAAGCUUCUAUCACGGAGAGAAGAAGAUCCGACCAUAAUGAUUCUAUUGCGAGAAUGCUGUCCGAUAUUGAAGAAGGCGAAAAAAAAUCGAACACAAAACAUAAGCUUUGGCCGUCUCCCAUCAACGAGGCUGACGAUAAACAGUGCUUGAAAACAUUCACACAGCUUGUGCAGCCAAACUACCCAGUGAAAGUUUCACUUCAUCAGUUUCGAGGUCAUGUUCUGGGCUAUAUCAACAAACAGCUUUCUGCAGAGGACAAAGAAAUCAUUCAAUCAAAGUUGAAAAAGAAAAGAUCAUUGAAAGAACUGUUCAAUCAAACCGUUGAACACUUCAAUAAACUCCAAUAA